CAACCAUUUCAAAAUUAUUCGAAGACUCGUACCGGAUAUUUUCUCCUGUUUAUUAUCAUCAUUCACACAUAACCUACACUAUAAUAAAAUAAAAUAAAAUAUUAUAAAUACCUAAAAUCACAAUAACUAUUUGGCCCCAGAUCAUCGCAAAAUUUGUGGUCAACAUUCAACAUGUUCAGUUCGGAAGCAGUUAUCGAGUUUUUGGGUUGCGUGCCGUUGCUUCAGAGGCUUCCGAGCUUAUCUCUUCGGAAAAUCGCACAAGUUGUAACUGUUAAACAUUACGAUCCUCAAGAAUAUGUUGUUCGAGAGGGAGAGGCCGCAAAUGGAAUUUACUUCAUAUGGGAAGGCGAGGCGGAGGUCUCUGGCCAUAUACAUGAAGAUGGGCAUAAUCGGCCAGAGUUCCAACUUAAACGUUUUGACUACUUUGGCAACGGUGUAGCGGUCUCUGCGCAGCAAGCAGAUGUCAUUGCCCUCACUAAGCUGACCUGCUUAGUGCUGCCCCAUGAGCAUUGCAAUUUGUUGCAGUCAAAAUCAAUAUGGAGUGCAGAACAAACUGUUGAAACAUGCUCACCUGUUGAGAGCAUAUUGCAUCUUGAGCCUAUAGAAGUCAACAUAUUCAAAGGGAUCACAUUGCCUGAUGCUCCACGAUUCGGGAAAGUGUUUGGAGGACAGUUCAUUGGACAGGCAUUGGCUGCGGCAUCAAAAACUGUUGAUUCGCUCAAGAUUGUUCAUAGCUUACACGUUUACUUUCUUCUUGUUGGGGAUCUUGAGCUUCCAAUUAUAUAUCAUGUCCAUCGCGUACGUGAUGGCAAUAGUUUUGCUACCCGAAGGAUAGAUGCAAUACAAAAGGGAGUGGUGGUUUUCACAAUGAUUGCAUCAUUUCAGAAGGAAGAAGUAGGAUUUGAUCAUCAGUUACCUUCAAUGCCAGCUGUCCCUGAUCCAGAAUUGCUUUUAUCAAUGGAAGAUUUGCGGGAGAGACGCCUUAUUGAUCCCCGUCUUCCCAGGACUUAUCGUAAUAAGGUCGCGACAGCAAAGUUUAUCCCGUGGCCUAUCGAGAUAAGGUUUUGUGAGCCUAGUAAUUCAACCAACUUUGAUAAACGUCCUGCAAGUUUGAAGUAUUGGUUUAGAGCAAAGGGAAAGCUCUCAGACGACGAGGCUUUGCAUAGAUGCGUUGCAGCAUACACUUCAGAUCUCAUAUUUUUAAAUGUCAGUUUGAAUCCUCACCGUGAAAAGGGAUUGAAGACUUCUUCUAUUAGCUUGGAUCACUCGAUGUGGUUUCACCGGUCUUUUAGAGCUGACGAGUGGUUGUUGUUUGUGAUAUCUAGCCCUACUGCAUACAAUGCCCGCGGAUUUGUUAGCGGGGAAAUGUUCAACAGAAAAGGCGAGCUCGUUGCAUCUAUAACUCAAGAGGGGUUAAUAAGGAAAGCGAGAACAUCUCCCUCGCCUGCAGUAUCAAAGUUGUAAAGGUUCAGUUAUUCUGGAUAUCUAAAUCUUCAAACAAAGGAAAUUGCUGUCCAAAUCAAGCCUUAAAGAUCCCAAAACCUUAGUUUCGGGUAGGGUCUUUAUCAUUCUUUUGGCAUUUUCUUUAUGUAUUUGAGGACUAUAUAUAUGGUAUGCAUAGAAUGAAUCUGAAUGAGGUAUUGCAUUUAAAAUUGUGUUCCUGUUAUAUGAUGAUUUAUUCUGUA